CAUUCCUCUCUCAGAGAUGUGACCCAGAGCCUGGCAAGGAAGGAAUGCUCAGCACCCUGUCUCUCUCUCCUUUUUCCUGCCAUUGCCGGUGCAGCAGGGGGAUUAGGGGCAGCAGCCGGUGCUGCAUAUGAGACAGGGAUCCUAUUUGCACAGAUAGGCUUAGGAUUAGCCACACAAUGCACAAAUACUUUGCACCCUGCCUGGGCUGAUUCGCCCUCCUGAUGCUGCUGCUGUGAGGGGCCACAGAAGAAUUGGCAAGAAAACGAUAUCCCCCCUUUGUUCCUGGGCAAUCCUCUCUCUAAUAGAACAAGCGCCCGUCUGACUCCUCCGGCAAGGAAUGGACCAUCCUCUGAGUGCCAGGUAAGGAGAUGACCUGGCUGGGGGUUCUGGGUGCAGUAUGGUGAGGAGACGGAACCUUCUGACCACCCUGUUGAUUGUUCUGCCAUGGGCGCUCCUCUUCACUCUGUGGCACCAGCACCCAACUACCCGCUACCUCACCCUUCUAAGAAAAGAUACAGGUGACAACUCCACAGCCAAACCCCUCUUCCAUAAUGUAACCCCAGCUAAAGAGGAAGACCUACACUGUGGGCACCAGCAUGCCACCCGUGAGACCCCUGUCAUCGUGCGGACAUAUGUUUACUCUCAUCCUCCCCCCUGGUCUGAUGACAUUCCCACCAUCUACGUCAUCACUCCCACCUACACCCGUCCAGUCCAGAAGGCUGAGUUGGUUCGACUGGCCAACACCUUCCUCCAUGUCGUCAAUUUGCACUGGAUCGUGGUUGAGGAUUCGCCACGGAAGACGAAGCUGGUGGCCAAUUUGCUGGAGAAGGCCGGGAUCAACUUCACGCACCUGAAUGUAGAAAGCCCACGCAGCUUGAAAGUAGGCCUGUCUCGGAUGCCCUCUCACAGUCCGAGGGGGACCACUCAGAGGAACUUGGGCUUGCGCUGGCUUAGAGACAAUCUCAAUGCUUCCAACCCACCUGAAGGGGUGGUCUACUUUGCAGAUGAUGAUAACACUUACAGCCUGGAACUCUUUGAGGAGAUGCGCUACACCAGGACAGUGUCGGUUUGGCCAGUGGCAUUUGUAGGAGGACUUAGGUAUGAAUCUCCAAGGGUCAGUCCGUCAGGCAGAGUGGUCGGCUGGAAAACUGUUUUUGACCCCAACCGCCCAUUUGCCAUCGACAUGGCUGGAUUCGCCAUCAGCCUAAGGCUUAUUCUUGAAAGACCUCAAGCUAAUUUCCGUCUGGAAGGAAUAAAGGGUGGAUAUCAGGAGACCAGCUUGCUGAAAGAUCUGGUCACCAUGGAUGGUCUUGAGGCCAAAGCAGCCAACUGUACUAAGGUCUUGGUUUGGCACACGAGGGCUGAGCGUCCUACUCUUGUCAACGAAGGGAAAAGGGGAUUCACCGACCUAAACAUAGAAGUCUAGCCAUAUGAAGCGACUUGUGCCAACUUAACUGCUAUUAGCAUAAAAAUUAAGGAGUCAAGGAUGAAGCCAAUCCCUCAACCCCUGACGUGGCCUUUUCGUCCCUCCUGGAAGCGUUUCCUUGUGCAUAACAACAUGGCCGCUUCCAUUCCUAUGUGACUGGACAGAACUGAGGACAGUGUUGCUGCUAAAAAAAACAAAAACAGGAAACAAAAAAAUGAAAAGACUUUUAUUUGAUGUAUUGCUCAGAUGAACAAUGUGCUGGUGGGAUCUCGACCACAUGGCACCGUGUUAUUAAGCCAAUUAAAAUGUUCCCGAUGCCUGAA